GUUUGAUGUCCUUCAUGCUAAUAUGACAUCACAUGACAUGCAUAAGCUAUAAGGAAGGGAGUUGUCCUUCACUCCAUGGAACAGAACUACAGGAAUGAAAGUGUAAAGCGAGAAGGACACAGGUAUCUUGCCCAUCACUUGGAGCCCACACAAGCGUCUGAGGACAGCAGAGGAGGACAAGCAAAAAUGAAGGUGGAGAUGUGGAAGGUGCACGCCACGCUACAGUCGGCGCUGGAUGGCAACGUGGCCAUUUCCACACCUCCAAAUGUGGACAUUCAGCAAUUGUUGGAAAACUUGCCGCCAGACCAGCGGGAACGACUGGAGGAGUACUACUGUGAAAAGGAAAGGGCCAUAUUCCUCGAACGUCAAGGUACCGCAAAGGCCCUUCAGGAUGCCGCAAAGGCCCUUCAGGAUGCCGGAAAGGCCCGGCGGGAUGCCGAAAAGGCCCGUCGGGAUGCCGGAAAGGCCCUUCAGGAUGCCGGAAAGGCCCUUCAGGAUGCCGGAAAGGCGCGAGAAGAGCUUGCCCAGAACCAAUUGAAGUCCCUGAACACAAUCCAAGCCCUUCAAGUUGAGAACAGAGCUCUCAAGAGAAGAGUCGCCCGCGAUGUCGGUGAAGGGAUCGUGGCCCCCGAUGUCGGCGAAGGGAUCGUGGCCCCCGAUGUCGGCGAAGGGAUCGUGGCCCCCGAUGUCGGCGAAGGGAUCGUGGCCCGCGAUGUCGGCGAAGGGAUCGUGGCCCGCGAUGUCGGCGAAGGGAUCGUGGCCCGCGAUGUCGGCGAAGGGAUCGUGGCCCGCGAUGUCGGCGAAGGGAUCGUGGCCCGCGAUGUCGGCGAAGGGAUCGUGGCCCGCGAUGUCGGCGAAGGGAUCGUGGCCCGCGAUGUCGGCGAAGGGAUCGUGGCCCGCGAUGUCGGCGAAGGGAUCGUGGCCCGCGAUGUCGGCGAAGGGAUCGUGGCCCGCGAUGUCGGCGAAGGGAUCGUGGCCCGCGAUGUCGGCGAAGGGAUCGUGGCCCGCGAUGUCGGCGAAGGGAUCGUGGCCCGCGAUGUCGGCGAAGGGAUCGUGGCCCGCGAUGUCGGCGAAGGGAUCGUGGCCCGCGAUGGCGGCGAAGGGAUCGUGGCCCGCGAUGGCGGCGAAGGGAUCGUGGCCCGCGAUGGCGGCGAAGGGAUCGUGGCCCGCGAUGUUGGCGGCGAAGGGAUCGUGGCCCGCGAUGUUGGCGGCGAAGGGAUCGUGGCCCGCGAUGGCGGCGAAGGGAUCGUGGCCCGCGAUGUUGGCGGCGAAGGGAUCGUGGCCCGCGAUGGCGGCGAAGGGAUCGUGGCCCGCGAUGUCGGUGAAGGGAUCGUGGCCCCCGAUGUCGGUGAAGGGAUCGUGGCCCGCGAUGUCGGCGAAGGGAUCGUGGCCCGCGAUGGCGGCGAAGGGAUCGUGGCCCGCGAUGGCGGCGAAGGGAUCGUGGCCCGCGAUGGCGGCGAAGGGAUCGUGGCCCGCGAUGGCGGUGAAGGGAUCGUGGCCCCCGAUGUCGGUGAAGGGAUCGUGGCCCGUGAUGUCGGUGAAGGGAUCGUGGCCCGUGAUGGCGGUGAAGGGAUCGUGGCCCGUGAUGGCGGUGAAGGGAUCGUAGAGGAUCCCGGUGAUGAGGCACCGGCGGCCAAAAGGGCCAGACGAAGCCCCUCCAUAUAAGGCGGUACCAUGGGCUCAGCGCUGCGGAGUGGUACCAUGUGGCACCAUGUGGUACCAUGGGUUGAGUGCUGCUGCUGUCCCACUUCAAUAAAAAAUUGAUUGACAAA